AUAAAACUCAAAGCGUUUCCAUUUACUUACCAUCACGUUCUUCUUUUAAAAUGGCCAAAGUCUUGAAUCCAUUUCCUUCCCAUUAGCCAAUUCUUGGAUUUCCCUUCUUUCUUACUCUUCUAGGUCUCUCUGAUGCCAGAUCUUGAAGCUUCCUUACCCCUUCUCUCUCUCUUUAGGCCUGAUUUGAAGUUUUGGGGUUCCAUUUUUGCGUCUACCUUGUCAGUUUGAGCCUUCAAGGCUGUAGAAAACAACGAAGUUUCCCUGAUAUUCUUCACUGAUUUGAGCAAUUAGGAAACUCAGGCGCUGAUUCUGGGCGUUUUUUGGACUCCCUUUCUAUCUUCCUUGGAACAUGUGAAAGACAGCUUUGUUUAACUUUGUUUUUUUGACUUUCUUAGCUAACUCCUCAGCUGUUUUCUCCCCCUCAUUCCUGCCAAAUUCGAGGCUAGAGGUGGUGGAGAACGAACACCAUGUGCUCGGAAACAAGCUCGCCGAGAAUAUCAUUUUCACACAAUCUCCCUGCCGAUGACAGCUUGCUGAUCUAUCAGCACAGCGAGCACGGGCGACGAGACUUAACAUUGUUGGAUUCAAAUCUAGACUUUGAGUUCAAUAUCAGCAUUCAACAUGAAUCUUCCUCUGCAGAUGAGCUGUUUAGCAAUGGAGUCAUUGUUCCUUUCAAAAUUGAAUCUCAUAAACAAUCUCAUCCUUUUGAACCUCCACUCACAGCGUCACUCCCUCCUCUUCCUCCCACAGAGAAUUCAAAGCAGACAUUGGUGGUGAAUUCAACUUCUUCAGGUCAGUUAGAACAGAGAGGUUCAGAGUCCAAAUCCUUUUGGGGAUUCAAAAGAAGUAGCAGCCUCAACUUUGAAAGUAAAAGAGCAUCUCUUUGUCCACUCCCACUUUUGUCACGCAGCAACUCAACUGGGUCAGUGCCAAAUUCAAAGUCCAAAAAGUGUAAAGACUCACAAAAGCAAAUUUCUCAGAAACAGCACUCCACAUCGAACAGAAAGUUGUCGUCGCCGUCGCCGUCGCCGUCGUCGCUGCCACUGUCGUCGUUGAAUCAAUAUCCAACAAAUCUAAAGCCUCAGAUGUGCAGGAAUCCAGGAGGGGCUUAUGGCAAGUAUCAUUGCAUUGGCCCUGUGUUGAAUGUCCCUCCAAGGUUCUUUGGUUUGGGAUCAAUUCUUCGAUGUGGGAAAGAUAGAAAGAGUAAGAAAUGACUUGUUCAUCGUUUCCAUUUCUUUUUCAGUUCAAUUCGUGACUUAGCUUUGUCAUGGAGUAAUGGCUUGAUAGAAAGAGCGUGAGCGUAGAAACCUGAUUCGUAACAAGUCAAAAUAGAUAAUAUUUACUAA